AUGGCAUUGUCUGGAGGUGAAGAUGAGAUAGUUCAUGAUGACCCAAAAGAAGAUCCCUGGUGUCUGGGGCCCAGGGGCUGCUCCAUGACUGGCAUGGUUGCUGAGGGAGGGCUGGAUUCACCCUUGCUGGGAGUGUUCCCAGUACCCCCUUCCUGGCACUUCCACUCCUGGGGGGAGGAGGCUGAGCAGGCAGAGAAUGGGACGUGUCCCCCCAGAGGAGCCUCGAGCCCAAUUCCAGCCAGCGGCCCACUCAGUGAGGUGCUCAAAUACCCACGUCCCCCGCCAGCUGCCAGGCUGGGCCUGCAGGGGACCCACAGCUCGCCUCCAGCCUCCUGCGCUCCGGUACCUGGGCGUCCCAACUCCACUGCGCACCCAAACCCAGCCGAACCGGUUCGUGGCCCGCCCCGCCGGGCGGCCGUCGACGCGAGCGCCCUGGCGCGGGGCCCGGGGGAGCGGGGGGCUCCCGCGAGCCGGCCGCGGCUGGCACUGCUGCUGCUCCUGCUCCUGCUGCCGCUGCCCUCCGGCGCGUGGUACAAGCACGUGGCGAGUCCCCGCUACCACACGGUGGGCCGCGCCGCUGGCCUGCUCAUGGGGCUGCCUCGCUCACCCUAUCUGUGGCGCCGCGCACCGCGCGCACCCGCCGGGCCCCUGGCCGGGGACACCCUCUCCGCCGGGCCCGCCGCCCGCGAGGCUCCUCUCCUGCUGCCCUCGUGGGUUCAGGAGCUGUGGGAGACGCGACGCAGGAGCUCCCAGGCAGGGAUCCCCGUCCGUGCGCCCCGGAGUCCGCGCGCCCCAGAGCCUGCUCUCGACCCGGAGUCCCUGGACUUAAGCGGAGCCGGCCAGAGACUUCGGAGAGACAUCUCCCGCCCAGCCGUGGCCCCCGCAGCAAACCGCCUUGGCUUGCCCCGCCUGGCCCCCGGACCGUCCUGACACCGUCCCCCGCCCGCGGCGCCUCCGCGCCUGACCCAGGAGGAGUCGCCGCGUGCUUCCAGGAGCCGCUCACAGACCCGGCCUGCCCACCGGUCAAUAAAAUCCGCCUGACUCCUGCGCCCCCGCGUGGGA